ACACCCAAUCUCGCCUCUUCAAUCCCUCAUUUACGGGAAAAAAUCGCACAGCCACAGUUGUUCCCAGACGCUGCCCAGGCUGACUGUCGCCGCCCACCAUCCUUUGGUCCGGUGCAAGCUAAUGGAAAUGAAGGAAGAUAUUUUAAAUGCCCGAGCUUUUGGUUUGAUAUUGCCAAAUUGAAUAAGGUUCAGUAUCCCAACAUAACAUUAUUCAGCUGAUUAGAAUAUGUGUAUCGGAAAAGGCUGGAUUUUUGGUUUAUGAGUAUGUGCAAGGGAAAAUUUUAAGUCACAUUUUCCAGAAUUUGAGUUGGGAGAGGCAACGCAAAAUUGGGAUUGCGAAAGCGCUACAGUUUUUGCAUGUCUACUGUUCGCCGAGUAUUCUGGUUGGUGACAUGUCGCCUGAGAAAGUUAUGGUUGAAGGAAAAGAUGAGCCUCGCCUGAGUUUGGCCAGAGAUAGACGAGUGAUAUAAGUAGGCGGGAGGAUUUUUUUAUUCAUAGACGAGGGAUUGAAGGGGUGAGAUCCGGUGUUUAGGAUGCAUUUGCAUUUCUUGUUCUAAGCUGACAUGUUCAUCUUUUAUUGGAGGGCACAAAAGACUUAUUUGUGCCAAGAACGUUAUUGCCAUUUCCCUUCCUUUCUCUCUCUCUCUCACCCUUUUUUAAGAAAGGCACACAACUUCAUCGCCUUUGGUGACGGCUAAGCUCACAACGGGCUUUCUUUGAGGACUCUUUCUCAACGAAAGCAUCAAAAGUUCACAUUUUUCUUCAUUCGGUGUAUGAUGGCGGUUUCCUAUUCUCUGUGUCCUCAAUUUCUGAGAGUUUCCUCUGGAGCCCGUCUUUGCAUUUCCAGUGGUGGAAACAAUUGGGACACCCAUAAGAAGAAGACCCGUCAUCUUGUUUGUGCUUCCACCCAGAAACCAGUGAAAGACUUUUGUAUUGAAUCCAAGGCCCAGACAUUGUUAGACAGUGUAAAAUGGGAUGACAAAGGGUUGGCGGUUGCAAUAGCUCAAAAUGUUGAUACAGGAGCCAUUCUAAUGCAAGGCUUUGCAAACCGGGAUGCGGUCCUUACAACCAUUUCCUCUAGGAAGGCAACAUUCUAUAGCAGGUCACGGUCGAUGUUAUGGACCAAGGGAGAGACAUCUAUGAAUUUCAUCAAUAUUCAUGAUAUAUUUCUUGAUUGUGAUCGUGACUCGAUAAUAUACCUUGGGAAGCCUGAUGGGCCUACCUGCCAUACAGGGUCAGAAACUUGUUAUUAUACGUCAGUGUUCGAUUUAAAAGAACUUCAACAGGUUGAAGGAAAUAAAUUGGCAUUAACCACCUUGUACUCAUUAGAGUCAACAAUCUCCCAACGCAAAGCAGAACUAGCAGUAGAAGAAAAUGGGAAAUCUUCAUGGACAAAACGUUUAUUAAAACAUAAUGACCUUCUGUGCUCAAAAAUCAGGGAGGAGGCAGAAGAGUUGUGUAAAACACUGGAAGAAAAUGAGGACAAAUCACGCACUGCCUCAGAGAUGGCGGAUGUCCUCUAUCAUGCCAUGGUUCUUCUGGCAGUUAAAGAUGUGAAGAUAGAAGAUGUCAUGCAAGUUCUUAGGCAGAGAUUUUCUCAGUCAGGCAUCGAGGAAAAGAGAAGUCGAAUAUCAGAAAGUUAGGCCUUGUAGUCUGUUCAUGUUAACCUCCAACAUUGCAGUGGAUAGUUACUGUUUAUGCAUGAACAACUCCAACCCAUUUGAGUGCGUUAACUCUAGUUGCUGUGCCAUGAGAACUGGUUCGGCUCUGGAUGACUUUUGUUUUAACCUUUUUAGGUAAAGACACAAAUUUAUUGUACUGUUUUAAGAAUUUAUUUAUUCAUAUUAUUCUCGCUUAUUUGUAUCCACGAUGAUUUGAAUAGAAUUUCAAAUCAGGAAUAUUUAUAGCCAAAUGUUAACCAUCAACAUUGCAAUGGGUAGUUACUGUUUAUGCAUGAACAACUCCAGUUCA